AAGUCAUCAUUUAAUGCGAUAUACCACAUCAAACUGCAAACAAAACUAUUGCAUGCUGUGUUUUGUUGCCAAUUGCACAGAAAUGGAAUGCACAUCGCUAACGUAUCGUUAUUAGAACAUAUCGGAAAUUUUAUGUGAAUGAUAGUUGCAUUAUAUAAUUAAAAUUAACUGUGAAUGCAGAAUCAAAACAAACUGCAAGCCAACAAACACUUUGGGGAGGUGAGCUGCCACCAUAAACAAUGGUAACAAGGUAGCACAGAUGCGCACAGAACUGCAGUACCAUGAAAUCCGAUGUGGCUGUGGUGUUAUCAGAACCCGACAAUAAUAUAAAUCAGACGCCUCAGCUGGCGACAGCUGUUAUAGGUGGAACAGGCGCAGUGCAUGCUGUGGGUGCCAGUCAUGCGAGCAUAUUUCUGGAUCGCUUCUUUGGCGCCUUCCAAUGGCAGGAAUUUGCCUGCGGUUGCGGAUCGGCGUUUGUCAACAUCGCAGUUACAUAUCCAAUCUAUAAAAUAAUUUUUCGCCAAAUGCUGCAUGGAGUGCCGCUCUCGUCGGCGCUGCUGCAACUGCAUCAUGAGGGACUUGGAUUUCUAUACCGCGGCAUGCUGCCGCCGCUGGCACAAAAAACCAUCUCACUAUCCAUAAUGUUUGGUGUGUUUGAUGGCACGCGGCGUUACUUGGUGGAAGAUUAUCGCUUGAAUGAUUAUGGCGCCAAGAUUAUAGCAGGUGUUGUGGCAGGCAGCGUGGAAUCACUGCUAUUGCCAUUUGAGCGCGUGCAAACGCUGCUGGCGGACUCGAAAUUUCAUAAAUAUUUCUCUAAUACGCAAAAUGCAUUCAGGUAUGUUGUAACGAAUUAUGGCUUUCGGGAACUGUAUAGAGGCAUUGAACCAGUAUUCUGGCGUAACGGUCUGUCGAAUGCAUUGUUCUUUAUGCUGCGCGAAGAGGCCAGCGUACGUUUACCAAAGCGGAAAUCGGUCUCUAGCAGAACUGCACAAGAAUUUAUUGCUGGAGCCGUAAUCGGCGCUAGCAUUAGCACAUUAUUUUAUCCACUAAAUGUGAUCAAGGUCUCGCUUCAAAGCGAUAUGGGUCAGCUAUCUGAGGGCAGCUGGCAUGCCUGUAAGCGAAUUUAUCGUGAACGCGAUAGUCGAAUUGGUAAUUUUUAUCGUGGCUGUGCCUUUAAUACGGGCCGUUCCUUCAUAAGUUGGGGCAUCAUGAAUACAGCUUAUGAGAACCUCAAGAAGUUAAUGCAGCAACAUCAGACAUCAUCACCUGCACCGCUGUCCAAUCGCAAAUAGUCACAGUUAUGUUAUUAACUGCAGAUUUACUAUGUGCUAUGCGUAUUACGUCAACUUGAUAGUUAAGUUAAUGAAAACU